AAGCCACAUUCUGCGUUUGCAGGCUUGCAAGCUGUGGCGACACUAGGGCUAGCGGGACCAGGGUCGCUUUCCGUGGGGUGCAGCGGGUGCAGCGGGAGCGGAUACUGCUGCACUUGAAUCUCCUGCGCUUGACCUAUGCUGGGCUCUCUCACGCUUGGACAGCACAAUGUGGGCGCUGGGGAAUUAGGCUGCAAUUGUGCACCCCUCGGAAGGAAAAACUGCAGGCAUGAGAAAAGGCAGAUGGGACCUCCCCAGCGUUUGUGAGGACUUGUGUAUUCUCUCCUAGUCCUCCCUCCACCCCUGUUUUGGAUACACUUGAACCUUUACCAAGAGGAGGAUUUUGAUCUGUGGAAACACUUAUUUAAAAAGCACUGGUCCUUGCUGCUUCACCAACACACUGGUGCAAGCUGCAAUGUUGCAACCAUGGCUCUAGAGCACUGACGUGUGUGUUGGUUUGGUUUUAUGGACAGGAAAACAGCCGUGUUCUCCAAGGAUGAAAUUCUCUGCUCCCAUCCCGGCUCUGCUCUGCUCUCAAGACAUGUACCUAUCAUAGCUGGAGAGCGGGCUCCCAGAGUUGAGCUGCAGCGUGUAGAUCCGAAAAGAGGAUUUUGCUUCAGGUGCAAACACUUGUUGGGAAAGAAUAUAUUAAUGAUGUCCCUAAAUGCUGCAAUAACACUAUUGCAAGCAAGAGUGAUUGGGACCAUGACUGUGGAAGACUGUUUGCAGUAUAUAAAUGGAGAGAAAGAUCCUUGUACCUUGGGCUUAGCAAGCAUCACAAAGGAAGAGAAUGAUGCUGGCAUUCCAAUGAACUCUUGGUUCUCCGCUUUAAUGCUACUUCAAGGACUGCCCAGGUGAUUUUUGUGCCUGUGUGUAUAUGUUCAAGGAAGGCCACAGCGGAAAGCGUAAUGAGACUAGAUCAUGGGACGCCCCGCUGUCGUCACGGAAACCUGUCUUGGUGUACUCAGGGAAGACCAGACUGACGAGGGAUCGCCUCAGUGUUCCUCUCUCAAGGCUUGAUACGAGCUAAGAGAUAGAGGUCCUGAGCAGCCGACGGAAGGGUGAUAUCUGUGUGUCAUACUGACCUUGUACCCCUCUGGUAUUGAUUUGGGUCCUGGCUUCACACCACACGUUCACUAGGUUACUGUACCUGGAGAAGAAUACGCUUCAGUUCAUGGUUACUCGCUUCCCUUGUCCCUGCUUUGUAUACAGCUCCCCAAAUACACAUUUCCUGUUUGGUUUACAUACACCUGUCUUCAUUAUCCAUCAUAGGAAGCAGGAGGGAAAUAGCCAACCAGAUGAUAGAGGCUGGUCUCACAGUAAAGGACUGAGAGCUCGUUGAUUGUUAGGGGGCUCCCUGCUGCUUUAUCCAUUCUAGUUCUUGUACCUAACACAGGUCUGCUUGAGGUUUCAUACAGGGGAGGCUUAAGCUAUAAGGACUGAGAUCCCAGUUCUCACUGGACCGCCCUGAGUAUAAACAUUGGACUAUAACCUAGGGACUAUUUCUGAAAGAACUCUUUGCAUCUACAAAGCUCUCCAUCUCUGCUAUGAAUCUGAAUCUCAAGAUUGACUCGUGUGUAUGUAUACUGUUCUUUUAACCAAUUCUCUCUCCCUUUUCUUCUUUAAUAAAUUUUAGUUUAGUUAAUAAGAAUUGGCUGUAAACGUGUAUUUGGGUAUGAUUUUUUUCCACAUUCCUAGCAGACAGAGCUGUGUCAGUAAAACUUUGUAGUUUAGACCAGGCCUCAGAACCCUAGAAAUACCACCCAGCUGCACCCAGCACAAGUCACCUGCCCCUCAACCAGCAACGAAGCUGGUGGAAUUUCUUCCUGCACUAAAGCAUGGGAUAAAGAGGACAGAAAUUAUCUGCUGCUUGCACAAUCACAACUGGUAAUUGAACCACCCUAAUCCUGCUAUGCUUUAUACUCCUUUACUUUUCCAAGCUGUCCCAGGUGCUCCUGCUGUUCACUGUUCAUUUAUACUUUGUUCAGAGAGGCUCAUUGCCUCAGCUCCCCUGUGCAUACAACACCUCCCUACUCCCUUCAAGGAAACUGCUAAUCACUCAUCCGAGGCUGAUGCAAAAAACUCAUUUCUUUAACCCAAAAUCAAAGUAGUCUAUUGUUUAACAGCACAUCUUGCCAGCAGACAUACUGUUAGCUUUCACAGGGCUUGCCAAUGGGCAAGUGAUUAAGCCUGUACAUGCAGGAGAUUCAAAAGUCUGUGAAAAUAAGCACAGAGUUUUGCUUUGAUGUGACAACAGACGUCUCAAAGUGAAAGUGUGUCAAGCAAGAAGUUAGAGGGAGUCCUCUAUUGCAGUAGUUCUCAACCAGGGAUCUGGGGCCCCCUGGAGGGCUGCAAGCAGGUUUCAGGGGGGGUCUCCAAGCAUGGCUGGCGUUAGACUUGCUAGGGCUCAGGGUAGAAAGCCAAAGCCCCGUCGUGCAGCACUGCAGCCUGGGUUCCCAAGCCCCACCACCCGAGGCUGAAGCCGAAGCCUGAGCAACUUAGCUUUGCAGGGCAGCCCUGUGGCAUAGCCCUGUGCCCUGCUUGCUACCCCCUAAUGCUGGCCCUGGCUUUUAUAUGCAGAAAAACAGUUGUUGUGGCACAGCUGGGCCGUGGUGUAUUUAUAGCAUGCGGGGUGGUGGGGCGGGGGCUCUGAAAGAAAACAAUUGAGAACCUCUGCUCUAUUGGAAAAUAAUGGUUAUUGCAGUUGACUAGCUUGUGGCAUGUGCACUGCUGCUCUCUACUGGCAGUGAUCAGAAUUUCUUGAACUGUUCAAUGCGUAAGUUGGGAACUGCUAAGGUCUGCCAAUAAUUUCCUUUUAUCUUAAGUGCAUGAGAAUUUGCAUCAUGGGAGAAGCAGAGUUAUCUCUGCGUCACAGUGAAUGGUCAUGGGUUUGUUACAUUAUAAACAGUAAACAUUAGGCACAGUUGGCUGAGGCAUCAGCAUGAAGAAGCCAGAAGGUUAUAAGCUGCUUAUUAUGAUGCAGCACUUUCAGUUGAAGUAGCCAGAGGCUGAGCAUCGACUCUAGGUUUCUAUGAUAGUCUACGGAUGUGACAGGAGCUACACUACGCACAAAUGUAAGUCACUUGUCUGAUGAUGCUUCUAGUUUAUUAGCUUUAGAAAUCCCCAGGAAGGGAAGGUUCAGCAUUUAGGGGGUAGAACUUGAUCUCAGUUAUACUGGUAUAAAAUACAUUUUUAAAAAGGCAGAACCCCACCCCCCCCUUGAAACCAAUGGUAUUUCUCUAAAUUUGCAUAAAAUUUGCACCUGCAAUAAUGUCUUUGGCCUCAAGAUACAGCUAAGAUUCAUAAUGUCUACACUGCAAUAAAACCCCCCCUGCACUGAGUCUCAGUGCCCAGGUCAGCUGACUCCUGCUCACAGGGGUGGGUGAGGCUGAAUAAUUUAGUGUAGCCUUUCAGACUUGAGCUGGAGCUCAGGCUCUGAGCCCCUCCCCCCACACCUUGCAGGGGUUUCAGAGCCCAGGCUCCAGCCUGGAUCUGAACAUCUACAGUGGAAUUUCAUAGCCCCGCCGGCCAGACACAGCUAUGCAGUGUAGAUGUACCCCUUGUUUACUUUUGGGUGUUUUAUUAGAUCUGUUGUCCUGAAUGGAGAAUUAUUUGUUCCUGCAGGAGAGUGGGGUGGGGGAGAGAAAACCUUUUGUAGUGAUAAACACCCAUUUUUUCCAUAUAGAGACUGGGAGUGGCUAAGUCAUUAUGCAAGGUAACCUAUUUCCCCUUGUUUUUUUCCUACCCACCUCCUCCUCCCCCCCCCCCGCCGUUCCUCAGACGUUCUUGUUAAACCCUGGUUUUAUGCUGGUUAUGGCCCACCUUGAUUAUCAUACACAUUGUAAGGAGAGUGAUCACUUUAGAUAAGCUAAAAGAAAAGGAGUACUUGUGGCACCUUAGAGACUAACCAAUUUAUUUGAGCAUGAGCUCAAAUAAAUUGGUUAGUCUCUAAGGUGCCAGAAGUACUCCUUUUCUUUUUGCGAAUACAGACUAACACGGCUGUUACUCUGAAACCUGUCAUACGUCUCUAUUCACUUCUAACAGUGACUUUUAAAUUACAAAGAUUUGCCCUUGAGAUCCCUUGCAUUCCCAAGAAUAGAAGCUGAUGAUGAUAAAGUGUUUGCACAGGGCUUUGAAGAUAAAAUGCGCAAAAGAAAUACCAAGCAUUCUCCAUCUUUCCUUAUCGCUUGAGUUACUGAGGCCAGGUCUACAUUCAAAAGUUGAGUCAAUCCAGCUAUGUCACUCAGGCGUGUGAAGUCCACACCCCUGUGCCACGUAGGUAAACCAACCUAGCCCCCAUUGUAGCGAGUGUUAGGUCAAGGGAAGAAUUCUUCCUUCCCUUAUUUCUCCACAGUCCAGCUGCCUAGAUCCUGGAACCAGUGCUGCAGCCUGCCCAAACCCCCAGCUGCUUAGAUACAUUCCCCUCAGAGUCUACCUAGCUGUGGGAGCUCUGAUUUUCUAGUCACAUCCUUCAGUGACAAUGUGGCAGCAUGAGAACUACCAUAUCGCGUCAGACCAAUGGUCCAUCUAGCCCAGUGUCCUGUCAGGGCUAGGACCAGAGUCUUAGGGUGAGUGUGCAGAACAGGUCAAAUGAAUCCAUUCAUGUCUUUCCCUCCCAGCUUCUGGCAGUCAGAGAGGUUUAGGGUCUCCCUGAGCAUGGAGUUGCAUUCAUGACCAUCUUGGCUAAUAGCCGUUGAUGGACCUAUCCUCCGUGAACUUUAGUUUUCUUUAGCCCAGUUAUACUUUGAGCCAUCACAACAUCCCAUGUCAAUGGGUUAAUUGUGCAUUAUGUGAAAAAAGUAUUCCUCUUGUUUAUUAUAAACCUGUUGCCUAUUAAUAUCAUUCGGUGACCUCUGGUUUUUAUAUUGUGGGAAAGGGCAACUAACAUUUCGCUAUUCACUUUUGCCAUGAUUUUAUAGACCUCUAGCAAAUCCCUCUCUUAGCUUUUUCUUUUCUAAGCUGAAUAGCCCUAAUCUUUUUAGUUUUUCCCUCAUAUGGAAGCUAUUCCAUCCCCUGGAUCAUCUUUGUUGCCCUUCUUUGAACCUUUUCCAGUUCCAGAUAUCAGUUCUGAGAUGGGGUGACCAUCUCAGUACUGGACACAGUAUUCAAGGCAUGGGCACACUAUGGUUUUGUUACCCCCAAAUCUGUGUUAUAGAAUAAUAAGGUGGUGACAUAAAUAACAGUUUUGACUCCUACUAGCAUCUAUCCACUGGAAGAGUUAGAAGUCUGUGUGCCUCCCGCCUGUGUUGCAUUGAAAUAAAGGAUAGAGAAUAUAACCUUAAACAGAAAGAAGAUUUAUUAAGGGAAAGUUACAGGUGGGGUAAGAUUCACUAAGGGAAUCACAUUACAGAUACCCAAGAAUAGAUUCCAGCAAGGGGCAUAAAGCCCAGACCCUCAAACCGUCCCUUGGUUAAAUUAUUAAGUGCCCGAAAAACAAUUACUGUCUCUCUGCAGAUGGAGAUCACCGGCAACUGAUGGACCGUCUCAGAAACAUCGGAGGAUCUGACUCUCUACCGCCAAAGCAGGAGAUCAACAGAUCUGGACUGAUGGCAAAGUCUCCACUGGAUAUCCAGAAUGGAGCUGGCAGUCCCCUUUCUCGCUCGCCAGAGGAGGGCUGCCUGGGCAGCCAGAAAAGCCACCCACCUCUGCAGCCCAAGUAUGAAAUACUUCCUUAUCCUGGUCUUGUGUACAGCGGUUGUGUUUUUGGCCUCCAUACACUGGCAGAGGUUAACUGAAAAUCAGAUCAAGGGAGAGAUUUCAGAGGCUCGGUCUGACAUGAAACUUCUGUCUCCAGAAAAAUACAAGUCCUUGUUUAUCUACAAUGGAAUUUGGCUAGCUCCAAAGAAUCAGUGUGAGUGCGCCAAAGCUGACCGUGUGCAUGUCUACCAGAUGGAAGAUUAUAUUGAUAAGAAAGACCUUGCCUCCAUUAAAGAGAGGCAACAGAGGGAGUUAGAGCACUAUCAGAUAAGAUACCCCUCAAUGACUCAAGAUCUAGUAAUAGCCAAACCAAACAUGCCAUUAAGCUAUCCUAUUCAAGGAGUAGAGGUGAUGCCACUACACACGAUUAUGAUUCCAGGGCUUGGUUUGCAUGGAGUGACUGAAGACAAGUACCAGGUGAUCCUGCGAGCAUCUCUGGGAACCCUCAAUACGCUUGCUGAUGUCUCUAACGAUGUUGUGAGUGGACGGGGCGAGAAAGAGCUGAUCAUCUUGACCUCAGAUGUGGAGCUGCUGAAUUUCAUCCUUGAGCAUGUCACGUACACCAGUGUGGUCUACCGGCUCACUGCAGUAGAUAUGAUGAGUUUCGAGAGCAGACAUCAUGUGGCUCAGUUUCCUGUGAUCAUCCGACAGCCCGGCCUUCCAAAGUUGUUUGAUCCUGGAGCAGAUAGGAAGAUCAGCUCCCUGGUGACUAUCACGACGAAGACUUUCUUGCGCUAUCACAAACUUCGGCUCCUCAUCAAGAGCAUCCGACAGUACUACCCUGACAUAAAAAUCAUCGUCGCCGAUGACAGUGAAGUCUCGGAGAAGAUCAUCGAUGAGAACGUUGAGCAUUACAUCAUGCCUUUUGGAAAGGGUUGGUUUGCCGGAAGGAAUCUUGCAAUAUCUCAGGUCACAACCAAGUACUAUCUCUGGGUUGACGAUGACUUCUUAUUCACCGAAAACACUAAAAUUGAGAAACUAUUGGACGUGCUGGAGAGAACAAACUUGGAUAUGGUUGGAGGCAGCGUGAAUGGGAACACCUACAGUUUUCAGCUGCUCUAUGAUCAGGGUGACGACAGCGGCUGUCUGCAUUUGAGAUACGGCUCCUUCCACAAGUUGGAAGGGUUCCCCAACUGCGUGGUCACCAGCGGUGUGGUCAACUUCUUCCUGGCCCAUACAGACAAAAGCAGACACGUUGGCUAUGACCCUCUUCUGCAAAGAGUAGCUCACUCAGAAUUUUUCAUGGAUGGACUGGGCAUCUUGCUUGUCGGUUCCUGCACUGAUGUUUCUAUCGGUCACCAAGCACAUAAUCCCACAUCUGAUCCCAACCUGACUAAGGUAGAAGACCAAUAUAAAAGGUUCCGGACCAACACCAAAGAACAGGUGCAAUUUAAGCUAUCUUUGCACUACUUCAAAAACCGACUGAAAUGCUACUCAACAGGAUAACCCUUUUACCCUGCCGUGUGCAAUUCCUACGGUAACCUCCCUGAUGCCCACAGCAGGAGUACGCUUUGGGCUUCAGCCUAAUUGCCUUAUUUAUGCCACACUGGAUGCCUUCCUUUUGCACCUACCUUUCUAUAAAAACUUUUUAAUGGGCUGAAUUUGGGAUUCUGGAAUCUCGUGGCCCAAACUUGAAAUGGACAAUGCAGUCGUGUGUGUUAUCUGCACUCGGGUCCUGCUCCAGGCCUUGCAAUGGUGUUUUGUUAAUUGCAAAGUUUCUCUGAUCAAAGAGUGAGGCACCUUGGCUAAUAAUGAGCCAGAUUCAUCAUGGCCCUGCACUGUGUUCUUUCCAGCCAGUGCAGAGUGAAGGGGGGCAGGGCAGGGUAGAAUUCCUACUGAUUUGAUCUGGUAGCACUUCACAUCCUCCCUGCAUUUGAAUGGAUUAUCAGGGAUGCACAGACUGUCUGACUUCCUUCUUGGAGGAGUAACUGGAAUGAGUGUUCUCAAGUUGAGUGCCAGAAGCACAAUGACUUUCAUGUAUAGACUGAAGUGCUUGGUUUAUCCUAAAUGGAGUUAGUAUGUUGCCUAUGCAAUAUCUGUUGAGAACUUCUUAUGGUUACUCCUUACUUAAGGACCGGAGUGGGGAUGUUGGAAAUCUGGUUUAGUUAAGAAGCUUUCACUAAAGAGGAGGAAAAUGCAAACUCUCCUAAUUGCCCUGCCUGAAUGCAGUCCGCAUUCACGUGAUCUGAGUUCUUUUCAUCUGCUAGCUCGUGGCCUAUGUGAAAUGGUGGAGUUCAGUUCCUAGCGGGCAGCUAACCACAGCAUCAAAAAAACCCACCAUUUCCACAGUGGUGGGACCUGGAUACUAAUCUGAGACAAGAAGUAAAUGCCAGAAGCAGACCACUGGUCUUACGCAUCAUGGCCCCAGCACUAAGUUAAUAUGGUUAGGGAGGAGUCCUGUACCUACUUGCUCCAGUUUUUAAACUUGAAUGGCUGCCACGGUCAGUCCCUCGGAUUCACUUUAUUACUGGAGCACCUCGAAGCUCCAACCGAGAUCACAGAUUUAGGGCCUCAUUUUGCUAGACUCUGUACAUAUGCAUGGUGUGAGACCAUCUCUGCCUAUGGAGCUUACAAUCUAGGUGGAGAAGACAGGGUGGGAGAAAGGCAGUGUUACUGCGGGAGAACUUCGAUGACCAUGAGUGUCUGUCUGAAUUUUUGCCAACACUAAUGUUCUUGGAAGGCAAAGUAACACCAAUGUUUUGAAAAGUGACUAAUGACUUUGGGUGACCCAGUGAAGGCUCCAUUUCUAAAGGGCCUACUUUUUAGAGAGUGGGUGCUCAGCACUUUCUGAAAACCAGGCCCCUUGAAGAUGCCUUCCACAGCAGGCCCUCAAACUCACUAGCCAUUUCUCUCUUUGUAAUGCAGUAGCACCUGGAAAUCCCAGCUCUGACUGGCCCUUUAGGGUGCUAAGUACUGCCUAGGAAAGUCUCUGCUAAGCUUUUGUUCUGAGAGUGUUUGCUCCCCAAAUCUUAUCAUCUGAACCUCUGCAUUACAUAAAUCCCUUCCUCGUCUCUCAUUAAUCUCAUGCGGGGGGACAAGGAAAUUCCAGAGGUGCAGAUAAUAGAGAAGAGACCCCUGGCCAGGGCUCAGAGGAGGAUGCAGCUGUGCUCCCGGCCGUGAGGGAGGCCACGUUGCUGCUGAAUGGCUCCUGCCACAGUGCAGGGAGCCUCUGCAGUCCUGCUGUCACUGAGUGAGUGGAGCCAAUCCCUGCAGGUGCAUGGUCCAGAGAAGGCUGCAGUCCUGGAGCGGCAGAGUACUGGCCGGGGGGUUCUGCUCUGCCCUGCAUCUUGUGCCUGCAGGGAUCGGGUGGCCCUGGCCCUGCAGGCAGUGCUGGGAACCCACUGCAGCCCCACUGUCAUGGGAGCGAGUGAGCAGGGAAGAGCACAGAUCCCUGGCCUGGACUGCAAGGAGGCUGCCAUGUGGAAGGCUGCUGAAUGACACCUGCCCUCUCAAUUAUCCCAGUUCCUGACGGGCCAAAUCAAAUCUGGGUUCCCCAUGCUGUUCAGAUAAUCAGGAGUAUACUGUAUUCAGUAACAAAGCUGUAACACUGCGGAGAGUCCUGUGAGGCAUGCAGGUCUGCUAAGUCCAUGCCUUGAGUUAUAUCAGCACCCACCCAUCCACGCCUCAGCAUCGCUGACCUCUUUGUUUCUCCUAAGAAUGGAGAUAAACACACACAGAUGCAGCAUAAUUUUUGCUUUAUUUUUAAAAAUGAAACUGGAGUAAAGCGGUGUGUGGCAAAUCCUAGCUGGAAGAAAAAUGGAGCCCACGUCCAUCCACAAUCACAACUCCAGAUCUGAGCCAACUAACCUGCCUCACAAAAAUACCAGGUAAAGAAAAUGGAGCAGAAGGGGAAAGGGGAGUAGAGAGAAAAUAAACAAUCAACCGAAGCGAGGAAAAAUAUCAUUACAGUCAAGUACAACUUUUUGAUGAAUAGUCUGAAAUUGCAUUGGAUCAGUGACUCGGGGGCGGGGGGAAAGCAGCACUUUGUUCCACACACUUGUUUGACUAAAUCAAUCAGGUGGACAAGCUAUUCCCCAUGUCCCCCAAUAUCAAGCAUGAGGGAGUACAGAACAACAUGGCAGCUGACUGGGGAUUUCAAAACCAGGAUAACUGCAAUAUGCAUUAGUUUUACCUCUCUAUAUGCACAUCUGUGCAUUGAACUGUCCUAAGCUUCAGAUGAUCAUGGAAGAAGUCACUUUAGUCACACAAUCCAUUCCUGUUUGGUUGUUACUUUUAUAAUCCAGCCCUGAUUGCUUUAUCGUUAACCCACGCUGAGUACUGGUAAAAAUUAAUCAUCCAGAUUUCACACCACCUAAAAAUACUUCCCCACUUUAAAGGCAUACCAUCUGGGUGCCGCAAUGUGGUCCGAAUGGCAAUUGAAUGCCAGUCUAUGCGAAAGUGACCAGUCAUCACACGAACAAAGCGUCCGCUGAGACAGAGGAGCGGAGAGAAGUUGUACUGCUGACAGAAGUAAAUAUCAAAGUUAAAAAGAAAAAAAAAGUAAUGGAAUAUUGAGCAUUUUAAUAAAAAUUAGUCACAACUGAACAAUUUAGCACUUUUACAACGAAUGAACACAUUAAAGUGAAAAGAAAGCCCAUACAUUUUUUUUUUUUUUUUUUUAAGAAAAUUUCUUUGGAAAAAGAGAGUAAUUUUUUCCUCUACACUACAGCAUGUGGAGUUGCCAUUACCUAUUUUAUUCUAUUGUCACUAAGAGGUAGAUAAACAAAAAUGAAUUGGUUAUAUAAGGUCAUGUCCCCUUGUUUGACAUGCAGGAAGCUAACAUACUCCAUGGGCAUGGGCUGUUUAAGGAUAGCUGGGGGCUUCACAGAGGGGAGGAUUGGGAUUAAUCAAUGUGGAGUGAAACUACAGAUCUGUAGGUUUUGUAAUUCACUGGAACAGAUCUGAUUAAAAGGGACAGUGUCAGAUUUAUUUAUUUAUUUAUUUAUUUUUAAAUUGGGGAGAAAUUCAUCCUUAAAGCCAGGGGAGAUUAUUUUGGGAUGAAUUGGAUGCAUCGUUAAAAAGCAUAAUUUCCUUAACUCUUUUAACACACACUAAAUAAUUUUGUAAAGACCCACUCUGCCCUGACUUGUAGGCUGUGUAGUCCUAUUAAUUUCCCAGGACCUUAAAGCUAAAGCGAUUUUAGCUAAGAAUCUAAUUUGUGUUCCAUUAAUGAUUUCCUUUUUGCACUGUGGUCUGUUUGGCUGCUGUUUAGAAUAAAUUUAAUUUUUCAGUUCCUUCCCAAUCAGCACACUUGCUGCUGUUUUCAGGUGGGGAAAUACAAAUUUCCACAGGAAUCUUUUAAUUUAAAAAAGUAUCCAUGGAAACAGUUCUAGUUUGGCCAAAUAUUGCUUUUUGGGUCAUAAAACCAACAGUGUGGGCCUGUGUUCACUGCCACUAUCCCUUUAAUCAUUCACUGUUGAAAAUCACCACUCCUUUAACUGGUACACCGCACAGUUUACACCUUCCCCGCUGCCUUUGGGAAUGGGGAUGCUCACCUCUGUGGUGAGAAGGUGACGGGGCUUUUUCUCCCCUCCCACAAGCCAGUUUCGAAAGCGGCCCAGCUUUGCCCACCGCCGCUCCUGCCACGUCACAAACAGACCGCAUGUCCGAGAGGUAUUAAUCUUGAACAAAAAUUUUAAAAAUUCUGUAAUGUACAAUAAAGCAGCGGGGUUCAAAUGCAUAUUUAAAUUAGGGAUGGGCCGACUUUUAAAGGGUUCUGAUUAUCGCCCUUCCGGCCGGAUGUCUAUCUGAACCUCAGGGGCCCGAAUGGCACCAUGGCUGGUAUAUCCUACCCUCCCCAGGCUCUGGCUCCCUCAAACCUGCUGUGUCGUUUUGACUCAGCAGGCUACUCCACCUUCUACUACCAGGUCUCUUCUAGGGAGUGGAGGGGUGGCACCUUCUGCCUCCUUCAGAGGAGAGCCUUAGCCCUACCUCUGAUGCAGCAGGAGCCAAAGGGUCAGCCGCUGGGUUUGUCUUAACCGCCACAGCACGGGAUUUCAGAGGUUCUUGAGAGUGCCUGGGGGGGAAAUCCCCAUGAGGUUGUCGGGAUCUGAUGUAAAUUGACUGGUCUCUUUUAUAUUUUACGGUGAUGGGAUAAUCAUCGCCCUCCAGAGAGGCCCCCAUUGCACCAAAGCAGGCUUCCUAGUCAGACUCCUAGAAACAAGAUGCCAGUAGUGGAAAAUGAGGAGCCAUCAUCUGUGUGCCCGCUCUAUCAGCAGGAAGAUCCCACACUGACCAGCAGGGGUAGUAAAUUGCCCAACCACUCCUCCUCCCUCCAGGAAAUCUACCACUGUGGAGGAUGGAGACCCUUCUCUGAGCUUUCAGGAAAGGUUCUCUUCUUCUUCGAAUGCUGUCCCUGUCGGUGCUCCACUCCAGGUGACAGUGCCAUUGAUUGGAGAUUUUCGGUAGCAGUGCCUGGUCGGGACGCACACGCUUAGCUGCUGUCUCGUGUCGUCGUCAGGGACUGCCUGAGCGUGCGUGUCCCGAACCCCCCUCAGUUCCUUCUCAACCGUCCUCGGCUGAAGACGGGACUCAGGGCAGUGCUAACCUCUUCCUUGGUUCCUGAAGGAAAUAAGUAGAAAGAAAUAGAAAUAGUUAGACAUAUCCCAGUUAUUUUCCUUUCCUUAGAAUAGUUCGUUAGUUUCAAAAAGCAAAAACAAAAAACAAACCACAACUUUUUUCCUCACGUUUGUCUCCUGUUGAAACACCCUCCCCAGGCACUCUUAGUUCAAUAAUGCCAGGGUCCCCAGGAUUUAAGAAAUGUGACUCCUGCAAGGAGCCUGUGCCGCGGUCUGAUGGACGCGCUGCGUGAAGUGCCUCAGCAAGACACACGUCCCUGCCGUGUAUUCAUUGUACCAACCUGAAAACCAGGGCUCGUCGUAACAGGGACUUGUGGAUAAAAAUGCUCCUGAUGGCGAACUCCCUACAUUCGCCUAUGGAGAUGGGCAAUAGUGAACCUUCUCCCUCAUGCUCCCCGGCUAAGUCAGAACCGAUCAGGAGCGUGGCUUCACCCUCUCAAGCGAAGAGGCAGGAAGCCCAAAUGUCUCUGCACAGAGACUUUCAAAAGGGUAAAGGGUAUCCUGCAAGAACUUAACCCUCCGUGCUGACAGGGCCAAAAGCAGGUGCCUCCGACCGCCCCAGCACCUCAGUCAUGGCUCAUGCGGAGCACAAAGGCAGGGACCCAACUUCCCGCAGUGGGAAGCUCUCCUCGGCACCGGUCCCCUCAGCACCGAAGACAGACCCAGUGCCGAUAGCGCAUUCUGCCCCGGUGCUGACAAGAACGUUGGCACCGAGCCUGCCUAUCACUCCCACAGCAGGCACAGACCCCCUGCAGGGCUCCUACAAACAGCCUGAGACACCCGCUAAAGUUAAACAAAAGUCGCUGCGGGCUGCUGCUCGCGCUCCGCAGCACUGCAGACCAGGGAGCAGCAACAAUUUUGGCAUCAGGAUGAUAUCUCUGUGGCCCCUGAGCCCAACUCUCUGCUCCUCGACACGGAGCGCUCACUGUUUGAACAACCGCUCUUGCCACCAGACCUGGCUACCUUCACUGACAGCGAGAACGACAUGCAGUAGCAGGCAGAGUUCUCUCCACUUGAUUCUCCUCCUCCACCGGAGCCAUAUCUGUCUCAAGAUGCGGCACCUCACAAGAACCAGCCUCAGUUUCCCUACUUUGUCCCCCCCAUGGGAGGGGCCCCAUUUUUCCUACCCUAUGCCCUGGCCUCAGUGGUACCCUUGGUUGGCUCCUGCCACCACUCCUCCUCGCGCCCCUUCCACCAGACCACAAGCCCUUUCUGCACCUCUAUCUCCAGCUCCAUCUACAUCUAGACCUACUGAACCCCCUCUUGAACAUGCGGGCUAUGAACCCUUCCCUGAUUUACCGGCUCCUGCCUCCCCAUCAGCUGCAGAUGAAGCCCUCAUGCUAUCUGCUCCACAAAAUGUGGAUGACUUUAAGCAAUUCCAGGAACUUUUCAAGAGGGUGGCACUCAGCCAGGACAUUCCUUUGGAGGAAGUCCAGGAGACACAACAUAGACUCCUCACAAUCCUCCACCCCUCUGCGCCCUCAAAGAUCGCGCUACUCAUAAACAAAGCCCUCCUAGAACCAGCUGACACUCUCUGGCAGACCCCUGCCUCCAUCCCACCAACAUGCAAGAAGGCUGAACAUAAAUAUUAUGAUCCCGCUAAGGACGUAGAUUUCUUAUUUUCCCACCCUCAACCCAACUCUCUUGUGAUGGAUGCAGCGACGCACAGAACAAAACAGCCACAAUACCGGCCCACUCCGCAAGACAAGGACCUCAAAUGCCUUGACCUCCUGGGCCACAAGGUUUAUACCUCCUCCACUCUACAAUUUAGAAUUGCAAAUUAUAUCUCCCUCCUCACAAGCUACGACUACAACAAUUACAACAAGCUCUUUGAUUUUGCCUCGUAUAUCCUGGAGGACAGGAAAGCAGACUUUAAAUCAGUCCUUGUUGAAGGUCAAUUAGUGUCCAAGAUGGCACUACAAGUAUCCCUGGACAUGGCGGACACAGCAGCCCGCACUACUGCAACUGCGGUAGUGAUGCGUAGGUCUUCCUGGCUGUCUGUGUCCAGUAUCCCCAAAGAUCUGCAGACCAAAGUCAAAGACCUUCCCUUUGACAAAGAUAAACUUUUUUCUAAAAAAACCGAUGAAGUCCUUCACAUCAUGAAAGACUCUAGGGCCACUCUGUGCACACUGGGGAUAUAUCCGUCCCUCCCCAGAGACCACGGUAUCAACCUUAUCUGAGGCCCUGCACACAACAUCACCAGCCCCAGCCCAAACCGUAUGAUAUUGGGAGAAACCGCAACAGACCUCCUCGGCGCAGCCAAACCCAUGCGCAACCAGCUACCUCCCACCCAUCAGGAAACAAACAGCAAUUCUGAAGUGCUGGUCGGGGGUCUGCACGACCACCCCUUGACUCCACUGCCUAUUUGCCCAUUUGACCACCACCUCCAGAGUUUCCACCAUGUCUGGCAACAGGUCACCCAGGACCACUGGGUCCUGGAAAUAGUUCAGUCAGGUUACUCCAUCCCUUUCAUAUCCUGCCCGUCUACCCUUCCCCGUCCCUCUUCAGGGACCCCUCUCACGAGCACCUACUUCACAUAGAAGUGGCUCAUCUUCUACAGCUAGGUGCAGUGGAAACUGUACCAACGCACCAUUGGGGAAAAGGGUUCUACUCCCACUACUUUCUGAUCCAAAAAAAAGGUGGGGAGUGGAGGCCUAUACUAGUCCUACGCUGACUGAACAAAUUUGUACGUGUACAGAAAUUCAAGAUGGUCACAUUUGGGCACAACAAUACCUGUGCUGGAACAAGGGGACUGGUUCACAGCCCUCGACCUACAAGAUGCCUAUUUCCACAUAUCCAUUCAUCCAGCACACAGACGCUUCCUGCAAUUCACACUCGGACACAACCACUUUCAAUACAGAGUACUUCCAUUCGGUCUCUCCACAGCACUGAGAGUAUUCUCCAAGACCCUAGCCGUAGUCGUGGCCCACCUCUGCAAACACAGGAUUAUACUUUUCCCCUACUUAGGCGACUAUGAUGUCCCAGCUUGGACACACAGUAAUUGUGGCAUCCAAAAAAUUGCAAGUAGCUUCUGACAGUUUUGGCCCUCAAUUCCCUAGUAGGAUUUGGACGCCCAACUCCUUUUACACCUUCAAGCAAAACCCCAGUUGAAAUUAACAGUAACACUGCUGAUAUGUUCACAGGCCAACUGAUUUGUUCAUUCCUUCCAGACUGGUCUUGAGCAGAGAGUGAAUUAGAGUUUCAAAAAACACUCUCUGUCCCCUCUCAGGAGCAUACGAGUUUCACAGGACCGCACCGAUUUCAUUAAAAAGAAUAUAAAGAAAAAGGAAAAAACCUCUCGGUUACUGUAUGAUUUAAAAAAGAAGAAAGUUCCAAAAAAAUUUAAAAAGCCUGUGAUGUGUGUCCCAUUUCAUGGGAACAGUAAAGCAGAUCCUAUAUUUUUCUUUAAAAACAGUUAAAAAAAAAUGUCUUCAACGGUCUCAUACCAAGUCUGCAUUUCUGGUGGUUUUCCCCCCAGAAUCUAAAAAGCAUCAAAAUAUUUUGAGCUAAAUGUUAAAAAAAAAAAAAAAAAAAAAAAAAAAGACUUUUCUGAUACUAUAUUACUAAUGUUUACUGUUUUCUUCUGGCUAAAAAACCAAAACCAAACCAAAAUCUGAUGCCCAGGAAACAUAAAAUGUAGCUUAGAGGCAGUUUCUUUUUAAUAUUUACACUGAAUUUGAGUCUCUUUUAACUCCUUAAAAACCUUCCAAGUAUGUCAGUUUGGUCAGGUUGCAAUUAUCACUGCCAGCAAAGGAGCACAUCAUCCGCCAUAGCUACUCAACCAUAGCUAUGUGUUUUUAAUUGCCGAGAAAGUGUUCAGAGCUCAGAAGAGAAAAAUAACUGCGCAUGCUGGUUUAGUCAUUUUUGCCCCUUGCUGAAUGGCAUGACAAGAUUACGAUAGCGCUAGGUAGGUGAACCAAAAAAUAUUGUGUUGUUUUAGUUACUCCUAAUAAUAAUACUUUGCACUCUAUAUGGCACUGAGGAUUGCAAAGUGCUUCAAAAAGAUUAAUUUGUUAAUCCUCACAACAGCCCUGUGAGGUAGGUAUCAUUAUACCCAUUCCACAGAUGGGUAAACCGAGGCACAGAGAAGUGAAUUUUUAUUUUUUUUUUUUAAUUUUUUUUUCCCCUAGACCACAAAGCAAGUCAGUGACAGUGCUGGGCACAGAAGUCUGUCUUCUAACCACUAGACUGCACUGCUUCCCUAAUUUAAAUUCUACACCUUGGAGCUACCUAAUGCAUUACAGCCUCCCCCGUCCUCCGGAAUGAACCGAGAUUCUGCCCCACUUUUUAUUCCCCUCAAGUUUAAAACCCAGGGAACGUUUUCAAACCUUUGAAAAGGAUCUACAGGAACCAAACCAACCAAUUUCCCUUAGUCGAGGAAAUGUGCAUGCUGGAGAAACUCUGCUGCUUCUGCUAUCAUCAAAAUGAGGUGCCAGCUCAGAUGUGGGCUAAUUUAGCUACAACUAAUCAGGAAAGAGAUCUUGGAGUCAUUGUGGAUAGUUCUCUGAAGACAUCCACGCAGUGUGCAGCGGCAGUCAAAAACGUGAAUAGGAUGUUAGGAAUCAUUAAAAAAGGGAUAGAGAAUAAGAUGGAGAAUAUCUUAUUGCCCUUUAUAUAAAUCCAUGGUAUGCUCACAUCUUGAAUACUGCGUACCAAUGUGGUCUCCUCAUUUCAAAAAAGAUAUACUGGCAUUAGAAAAGGUUCAGAGAAGGGCAACUAAAAUGAUUAGGGGUUUGGAACGGGUCCCAUAUGAGGAGAGAUUAAAGAGGCUAGGACUUUUCAGCUUGGAAAAGAAGCGACUAAGGGGGGAUAUAGCGGUAUAUAAAAUCAUGAAUGGUGUGGAGCAAGUGAAUAAGGAAAAGUUAUUUACUUGUUCCCAUAAUAUAAGAACUAGGGGCCACCAAAUGAAAUUAAUGGGCAGCAGGUUUAAACAAAUAAAAGGAAGUUCUUCACACAACGCACAGUCAACCUGUGGAACUUAUUGUCUGAGAAGGUUGUGAAGGCUAGGACUAUAACAGGGUUUAAAAGAGAACUAGAUAAAUUCAUGGAGGUUAAGUCCAUCAAUGGCUAUUAGCCAGGAUGGGUAAGGAAUGAUGUCCCUAGCCUCUGUUUGUCAGAGGGUGGAGAUGGAUGGCAGGAGAGAGAUCACUUGAUCAUUACCUGUUAGGUUCACUCCCUCUGGGGCACCUGGCGUUAGCCACUGACAGUAGACAGGAUACUGGGCUGGAUGGACCUUUGGUCUGAUCAGUAUGACCACUCUUACGUUCUUGAGAGACGAGGCAUUUCUCUGCUCCUCACCCUGUCCAAAGCCAGCCCUGGCUCUACAGAGGAUGAUGCUCUUAAUAAUGCUUCCCUUUUGAUUUCAAGCCUAAAGAUCCUGCCACUUAACAAGGGUUUGCCUCCAGGGCUUCCGGUGCCUGUUGAACUUUAAUAGGGCUGUUGGGAGGAUUGUUCACGUUUCUUUUUAAUUUUUGGCGGACUAGAAAUUUAUUUGCAUCAUCAGAUCCCUUUUACUUGUUAUUCAUUUAGACCUGGGUCAAAGCUCAGUCAAGUCUCCUUCCAUUGACUUCGCUGGGCUCUGCAGCUGGUCCACACAAAGGGCUCUGUGCAUAACGCUGUUAUCAAGGUUCCUUCCGCACUCUGAACUCUAGGGUACAGAUGUGGGGACCUGCAUGAAAACCUCCUAAGCUUACUUUUACUAGCUUAGGUUAAAACUUCCCCAAGGUUCAAACUAUUUUACCUUUUGCCCUUGGACUUUAUUGCUGCCACCACCAAGCGUCUAACCGGUAUAUUACUAGGAAAGAGUCCUUUUGGAAAUGUCUGUCCCCCCAAAAAUCCUCCCAAACGUUACACCCCCUUUCCUGGGGAAGGUUUGAUAAAAAUCCUCACCAAUUUGCAUCGGUGACCACAGACCCAAACCCUUGGAUCUUAAGAACAAUGAAAAAAGCAUUCAGUUUCUUAAAAGAAAAAUUUUAAUAGAAGAAAAAGUAAAAAGAAUCACCUCUGUAAAAUCAGGAUGGUAAAUACCUUACAGGGUAAUUACAUUCAAAACACAGAGAAUCCUUCUAGGCAAAACCUUAAGUUACAAAAAGACACAAAAACAGUUUGGAUGCUGCCAAUCAUGGAGGCAGGCAAUCACAGCUGUGCCCAGUUGAGGAAACUAGGCCUACUAUAAAGGAAGGAGAACAAAGGAGGCGGCAGAAAGGCCUGGGACAGGAGAGGGGCAGCUCCCCUGCUUCAGGCUGUCUCCCUAAGCACUGCACAAAGCACUGCACCCUAAGAUACCUGUAUGGAAUGUUGCGCACUUACUCUACAAGACAUCCCUGCUGUGUAAACGUGCAGAUCCAUGCUGAAGCAGAAAACCGUUUACGUUGUAUAUGCAAUUACUGGAGACUAUCUAAUACGCACAGAUUCAUGUGCAACAAGUCAGUGUGAAUUAAUACACCCAAGUGCAUAAACCCUAAAGCAAAGAUGCAAAACCACAAGCUCUAAGCCUAGUUGCCCCUGCAGAUUCGACUGGACACUACAGCAGCCAUAUUAGUUUUCUAACCACCAUUUUUCCAUUUGCUUUUCAGUAAGGUUAGUUAGUUGAAAGAGAAGUAGCAGGCGUUGUCUACCCUACCCUUCUAACAGAACCAGUAGGGAUUUGUUUAUACAUUUCCUGGUCUAAAUGAAAAACUAGAGCACUUCUCUGCAUUUAACUCCGAAUAAAGUGGCUGCUGCACCUUGCAUCCAGGGAAAGUACUCAGAAAUAUAUAGGUGCAAUUGACAAACAGGCAUUUUCUCUAGACACCACAGCCAGCUGUUCUAUAUGCUGUCAAGCCAGGACCCCACUGAAGAGUCUUCCUUGGCAUUCCAUGUAGCAGAGUCUACAUACAGUGCAGGCGUCGGGAUACUCUAGUGGCCAGAGCAGCAAGCUGGGAGUCAGGAGACCUGAGGUAAAAUACUGGCCCCACUGAACUCAAUGGCAAAAUGCCUCUUGAUUUCAAGGCAGCCAGGAUUUUAUCCCUGGCUUCAGUUCCUAGCUCUGCAGCUUACCUGCUUGGUGACCGUGGGCAACUUACUUCACCUCUCUGGCCUUCCAGCUCCCCUUCUGCCUCUCAUCUAGUUUAGACUGCAAGUUCUUCAAAGCAGGGACUUCUCUUACUACAUACUUAUACUGUUCCUAGAACAAUGGGUCUCCAGUCUUUGUUGGCACACUAUAGUAAUACACAUACAAUCAUGCAUUACACAAUGUUCAUUGUUAAAAACAAUGGGUUAUUAAACAUCAUUUAGCCUAUUUUAAGUUUAAUGAUUAAAUGUUUUAAGAAAAUCAAGAGCAGCUGCUAAUGCUUUAUUUCAAACAUCCAUUUAGUUCAGCUGUGAAACAGGGUGUCCUAAGGAGACCUGGCCCUUUAAGGGGACUACCUAGGGGAUGGGCUUUGAGGCAGAUGAAAUUAAGUCUGCUGGGUCCAGUUAAGGAAGAAAGGACAGAGGAAGGGGUUCACCCCACCCCACAGCCAGAUAGACAGGCCUGGCUAGACCAACUCCACUAGGGGCAAAGGGCAGAAGCCUUAAGGGGUGCCAAGCAGCAGUAUUUGAGCCCAGCAAGAGGCUGAAGCAGCUGUGGAGAGGGAGAAGGGCUUGUUUUUAUUUUGACAUUUUAACUGUGAUGGUUUAAUAAAAUCAUCUUGGAUGAA